GUGCAUGUGGUAGCCCAGAAGAAACAGUCUUACUUCAAGAGGUAUCAAGUGAAGUUCAGGAGAAGGCGUGAGGGCAAGACUGAUUAUCGUGCAAGGAUUCGUCUCAUCAAUCAGGACAAGAACAAGUAUAACACACCUAAGUAUCGUUACGUUGUGAGAUUUACAAACAUAAUCGCACAAGUUGUCUCUGCUACAAUUGCUGGUGACACUGUUCUUGCAUCUGCUUAUGCUCAUGAGCUCCCUAGAUAUGGCCUUCAGGUGGGGCUUACCAAUUAUGCUGCAGCUUAUUGCACUGGUCUCCUUUUGGCUCGCCGUGUCCUAAAGAUGCUCGAGAUGGAUGCCGAGUACGAGGGCAAUGUUGAGGCUUCAGGAGAAGACUAUUCUGUUGAACCUACUGACACAAGGAGGCCGUUCCGUGCCCUCCUCGAUGUUGGACUUGUGAUGACAACAACCGGGAACCGUGUGUUUGGUGCGCUUAAGAUGGUGGGCUUGACAUUUCCACACAGUGACAAGCGGUUUGCUGGGUUCAACAAAGAAGGCAAGCAACUUGACGCCGAAGUUCACAGGAAAUACAUUUACGGUGGCCAUGUUGUCGAUUACAUGAGGCUAUUGAUGGAGGAUGAGGCAGAGAAGUAUCAGACUCAUUUUAGUGACUACCUCAAGAAGGGUCUUGAGCCAGACAACAUGGAAGAGAUGUACAAGAAUGUACAUGCAGCAAUCAGGGCUGAUCCCCUGAUGAAGAAACCAGAGAAAGAGGCUCCAAAGGAGCACAAGAGGUAA